AUGAAAGAGAUAAGUCACAUUUUGUUGUUUAUAAUAGCAAUCCGUGCUGCCAAUUCUGACACUGGACUUCGUACUCAACAAGGAAUUAUCUAUGGUCGACAAACUGAAGCAUCCAUUGAAUAUCUCGGUAUUCAAUACGCAAAAGUAAUUCGAUGGAAACCGCCCAUCGAUGUUGCUUCAGAGAAGUUUGCAAAUGGUUCAUACCAUGCAGUAUCAUUUGGUCCAUGCUGUCUACAGCCGAAAACUCCUGAUUAUAUUCCGAAUCAAAAUGAAGAAUGUCUGUAUCUAAAUAUUUACAAACCAAUUAUUCCAUCGAAUUCGUCUUUGUUGCCCGUACUUGUUUGGAUUCACGGCGGUGCUCAUAAUCAUGGUUGCUCAUCAGAAGCCAUUCCAUUGAUAUUCAACGGCACGAAUAUUAUCGCUUAUUCACCAUCAGGUCAACCAGUCAUUGUUGUCACCAUAAACUAUCGUUUGGGUGUAUUAGCAGAUAUGUUCCUAAAUGAGUUAGUCGAAGAAGAUCCACAAUGGUCAACAGCAGAUGCAAACAGUGUGACUAUAUUUGGUCAAAGUGCUGGAGGUUUGUCUGUAACUGACCUAGGUGCUGUUAAAGGAUCUUCUGGUCUCUAUCGAACAGCAAUAAGUGAAUCCGGCUUGGGUUCACCUGGAACAUCGUCAUCGUACUAUAAUAUAAGUUUCGCUCUCAAUGCUUCGAAUUCAGUUGUUCAACGAUUGCAUUGUGAUUAUGAAGGUAGACGACGAUUACUUACAUGCAUUCGCAAUGCUUCCUUUGAUGAUCUUUUGCGCACAUAUGAUUCUCGAUAUACACGACCUAUUAUUGAGAAUUAUUUCUUUCCGUUGUAUCCACUAUUGGCAAUUAGUAGCGGUCAAUAUAAUAAUGUGAGUUUGAUCAUGGGUAAUAAUGACUAUGAACAACCGAUUUGUUUCGAACAUCCAUUGAUGACUUCGAGUGAAGCUUUAACAAAAAUUGCUGCUACCUUUUCUCCCGAACGAAGUCCGAUGAUCGCAGACUAUUACCAUUUGCAUAACUGUUCCAUGAGACCUACUGCUAAUGCUACUCGUUGCUGUGAUAUCGUUCGUCGAAUAUUAAUGGAUUCUAUAUUUGACUGUGAUAUUCGUCGAUUAUUCAAUGCAUUUUAUGCAAAAUAUGGCGCACAGUAUGAACAGAAUAAAUUAUUCUCUUAUCAUUUGAACUGUUACCCUCUAUGUCCUAUUGUACAGCAAGAAGGUAUAUGCCGCCAUUCAUCUGAAAUUCCAUUUGUAUUCGGAACUGUUAGUGACGUCGAUUCGCAAGAGCAAUUUCAUUGUACGUGGAAUAAUCAAACGCGAUUUUUUUCGAACAAUAUCAUUUCACAUUGGAUCAGUAUCGCUCAGACGGGCAGACCACUUCAUACAUGGCCAAGUUAUGAUCCAUUGGUACCGAAAUAUUUUCACGUUACACCCGAUCAAGGCUUUUUACCUACGGAUUGGAAUAGAAAUUGCUCGAUUUUUGAUAAGAUUGAGGCAGAACGUGCGAGAGAAUUAUUUCAAUUCUGA